GCUCGGAGCGGCGCUGCGCUGCGCCGAGGCGGGCGGGCGGAGCGGGGCGGGCGGAGCGCGGCGCGUGGGGCUCGCCAUUAGCCGUCGCUCCGCUUCGCCAUCUCGGGCUUUGUCUGGAGACUCGCUGCCCCGGCGUCGGCAGCUGCGGAGCUGCGGCUCAGCUCUUCCGCCCGCCGUGCUGCCUGCUGCCCUCGGCCCUCACUAGCACUCACACGCUCGGGUGAGGUGGCUUUGACCCUGGGUUGCCCGGCCAGCGCGACCGAGGAGGUGGCUGGAUAGCUGGAGAAUGAACGGAGAAGCGGACUGUCCCACAGACCUGGAAAUGGCCGCUCCUAAAGGCCAAGACCGCUGGUCCCAGGAAGAUAUGCUAACUUUGCUGGAAUGCAUGAAGAACAACCUUCCAUCUAAUGACAGCUCCAAGUUCAAAACCACAGAGUCACAUAUGGACUGGGAAAAAGUUGCAUUUAAGGAUUUCUCGGGAGAUAUGUGCAAGCUCAAAUGGGUGGAGAUUUCUAACGAGGUAAGGAAGUUCCGUACGUUGACAGAAUUGAUCCUUGAUGCUCAGGAACACGUUAAAAACCCUUACAAAGGCAAAAAACUCAAGAAACACCCAGAUUUUCCAAAGAAGCCUCUCACCCCUUACUUCCGCUUCUUCAUGGAGAAGCGGGCCAAGUAUGCAAAACUUCAUCCUGAGAUGAGCAACCUGGACCUGACUAAGAUCCUGUCUAAGAAAUACAAGGAACUUCCAGAGAAGAAGAAGAUGAAAUAUAUUCAGGACUUCCAGAGGGAGAAACAGGAGUUCGAGCGAAACCUGGCCCGAUUCAGGGAGGAUCACCCUGACCUCAUCCAGAAUGCCAAGAAGUCGGACAUUCCCGAGAAGCCCAAAACUCCCCAGCAACUGUGGUAUACCCACGAGAAGAAGGUGUAUCUCAAAGUGCGGCCGGAUGCCACUACGAAGGAGGUGAAGGACUCCCUGGGGAAGCAGUGGUCUCAGCUCUCGGACAAAAAGAGGCUGAAAUGGAUUCAUAAGGCCCUGGAGCAGCGGAAGGAGUACGAGGAGAUUAUGCGCGAUUAUAUCCAGAAGCAUCCCGAGCUAAACAUCAGUGAGGAAGGUAUCACCAAAUCCACCCUCACCAAGGCCGAACGUCAGCUCAAGGACAAGUUUGAUGGACGACCCACCAAGCCACCUCCGAACAGCUACUCCCUGUACUGUGCAGAGCUCAUGGCCAACAUGAAGGAUGUGCCCAGCACAGAGCGCAUGGUGCUAUGCAGCCAGCAAUGGAAGCUGCUCUCCCAGAAGGAAAAGGAUGCUUAUCACAAGAAAUGUGACCAGAAAAAGAAAGAUUACGAGGUGGAGCUGCUGCGGUUCCUUGAGAGCUUGCCGGAGGAAGAGCAGCAGCGGGUCCUGGGGGAGGAGAAGAUGCUAAACAUUAACAAGAAGCAGACCACCAGCCCAGCCUCCAAGAAGCCUUCCCAGGAAGGUGGCAAGGGUGGCUCCGAGAAGCCCAAGCGGCCUGUGUCUGCCAUGUUCAUCUUCUCAGAGGAGAAGCGAAGGCAGCUACAAGAGGAACGACCUGAGCUCUCAGAAAGCGAGCUGACACGCCUGCUGGCCCGCAUGUGGAACGACUUGUCAGAAAAGAAGAAGGCUAAAUAUAAGGCCCGGGAGGCUGCGCUGAAGGCUCAAUCUGAGAGGAAGGCGGGCGGGGAGCGUGAAGAUAGGGGCAAGCUGCCUGAGUCGCCCAAGAGAGCUGAGGAAAUCUGGCAGCAGAGUGUCAUCGGAGACUAUCUGGCCCGCUUCAAGAAUGACCGGGUGAAAGCCUUGAAAGCCAUGGAGAUGACUUGGAACAACAUGGAGAAGAAGGAAAAGCUGAUGUGGAUUAAGAAGGCAGCAGAAGACCAAAAACGAUACGAGAGGGAGCUAAGUGAGAUGCGGGCCCCUCCGGCUGCUGCAAACUCUUCCAAGAAGAUGAAGUUCCAGGGGGAGCCCAAGAAGCCUCCCAUGAACGGUUACCAGAAGUUCUCCCAGGAGCUGCUGUCCAAUGGGGAGCUAAAUCACCUGCCGCUGAAGGAGCGCAUGGUGGAGAUUGGCAGCCGCUGGCAGCGGAUCUCCCAAAGCCAGAAGGAGCACUAUAAGAAGCUGGCAGAGGAGCAGCAGAGGCAGUACAAGGUGCACUUGGACCUCUGGGUCAAGAGCCUGUCUCCCCAGGACCGCGCAGCAUACAAAGAAUACAUCUCCAAUAAACGUAAGAACAUGACCAAGCUUCGAGGCCCAAACCCCAAGUCUAGCCGGACCACCCUUCAGUCCAAGUCUGAGUCUGAGGAGGAUGACGAUGAGGAGGAUGAGGAUGACGAUGACGAGGAGGAAGAGGAAGAUGAUGAGAACGGCGACUCGUCCGAGGAUGGUGGGGACUCUUCUGAGUCGAGCAGUGAAGAUGAAAGCGAGGAUGGGGAUGAGAAUGAGGAUGAUGAUGACGACGAAGACGACGACGAGGAUGAUGAUGAGGAUGAAGACAAUGAGUCCGAGGGCAGUAGCUCCAGCUCUUCAUCUUCAGGGGACUCCUCAGAUUCUGACUCCAACUGAGGCUCAGCCUCCACCCCAGGCAGGCAGGCAGGCAGGCAGGCAGGCAGCCAAGGAGAGCCACCGCAGAGCUCACCUCCCCAACUGACAGCCUUUGUCUCUCCCUAUGUUCUGUCCCCUGCCCCCUCCCAGACUCCCCUACUUUCUUUCUUUCCUUUUAAAAAAAAAAUUCAGUGUGGGGUAGGAGG